AUGAAGCUUCUGGUCUUAUUUGCGGCAAUCGUUGCUACAACAUCUGCAGCUCUUCAGGGCUACAAUCUGCCUAGCUUUAAAGGACCCGGGCUUGCUGGUCACGGACAUGCUGCAAACGCAGGUCAUUCUUUUGCAGUAUCAGGACAGACCUCUACUGGUCAUUCAUCAGGACAAUCUACCUCCAUUCAUUCAGCAGGACGUCCAGACUCUGCUGCCUUCGGUAGCAGUAUACUGACAGCCUCUGGGAAUUCUGGCACUGUCGUUUCCGGAACUGCUGAAUUCGCGGUCUCUGGAAUCUCUACAGUUUCUGGAGCCCCCUCGGGUUCUGGAAUCUCCUCAGGAUCCGAGGUGUCCAUUAGCACUGGAUUAAACGGACAAGGAAGUUUCGAAGCACCAUGCAAGGGUGGAGAGGUGCGCCAUAUUAACGGCUUAUGCAUCGUUCCCGAAAUCACACGCAAAGUUUUCGUCGUCUCUGUACCGAAACAGGCACCACGACCAAGUGACUCUCUUCCAGAUAUUCCACCACCAAGAGUCGACCAUAACAUUCUGUUCGUGCGUCUUCCCGAAGGAGGUGUUGGACCUGAUCCUAUCGUUGUACCUCCACCAAGGCAAGACAACAUCGUAUAUGUCCUCAGUAAGAAUAGUCAGAAUGGACAACGUGUGAUCGAAGUCCCAGCUCCUCCUCCUUCCGAGCCUGAAAUUUAUUUCGUCAACUACGAUGACGGGGAAAACCCGACCCUUCCCGGCGGUGUGGAUCUUCAGACUGCUCUUGCUUCAGCAUUUGAAGCUAAUGGUCAAGUAAUUACUGAGGGCUUCGGAGUUAGCCUUGCCGGUCCAGGAGGAUUCAGUGGUGCCGUUGAUAUCGGAAACGUAGCUGGUGUUACCACUGGAACUGGCGAAGGUACUUUCACGAACAGUAACACAGGAGAUUUCGCUUCAGGUAGUACCUCUCAGAGUUCACAGAUUGGCGGAACUAUAACUGGUAAUACCUAUUCCUCCUCUUCCACAAUAUCUACAUCACCCGUUAGCGGAUUAAUCCAAAAUGGUGGCCUUUUCCAAGGCUCUCAAGGUGGUAUAAACCCAUCUAAUAUCCACAGUUCAACUUCAGCAGCAGGUUCAUUUACUACCGCUGGUAAUACUGGAUCCUUCCAGUCAGGUGGCAUCUCUACGGGUUCACAGUUCACGUUAACCACUACAGGUAGUGACAAUCAGCCAUCUGGUUUGUACUCAACCCCGUAAAAUUUGUCAUAAAUCAAAUCAUCCACCGAUGUUUCAACGUAUCUUGAGAUUGUCUGGGUUUUCUUGAUAUACGUUCUUUAUUAGGUUUUUAGGUA